CGGAAGGAGAGGCCGCACUGGAGUGAGGCAGAUCUGCAGGAGCUGGUAUCAGUCUGUGGAGCGCCCACUCAAUUCCUCCCACAGCUGAUCACUACAGCCCUCUCAGAGGGGCAGGCUCCAGAGCGUUCUCUCUCCCUCCUGCCUUUCCUUAGUCCCACCCACUUUGCCUGGUCUUGCUUGCCUCCUUGUUUCCAUGACAACUCCAAGGGAGCCCAAACUGGGGGCUUGAAUGCUGGGGUGAGAGGAGGAGAGACGAGUGGGGGGUACAUCUGAAGAGCUCCCCCAACCCCGCCUCGGUCCCUUUAAGCUCUCCCCCCUCCCAGUUCUCCCUCUGCCCCCCUCCACCACCCUCCGAGGCUGUCUUCUCUCCAUCUCUUGCGCUGCCGGCUGCGCCAUCCCUGCACCCCGGCUCCCGCUCCACUUGGAGACCCCCGACUCCAGCCACAGAGACCCUGACCCAGACAGAGACUGCAAGCAUGUCAUCAGAAAAGUCAGGCCUCCCGGACUCCGUCCCGCACACCUCGCCGCCGCCCUACAACGCCCCGCAGCCGCCCGCCGAGCCCCCCGCGCCCCCGCCGGCGGCCCCCGCGCACCACCACCACCACCACCACUACCACCAGUCGGGCACCGCCACCCUCCCGCGCCUGGGGGCCGGCGGCCUGGCGGCUUCCGGGGCCUCGGCGGCGCGCGGGCCCUCGUUCUCCGCCACCCUGCCGCGGCCCCCGCACCACGCGCCGCCCGGCCCGGCCCCCGGGGCGCCCCCGCCCGGCUGUGCCACCUUGCCCCGCAUGCCGCCCGACCCCUACCUGCAGGAGACCCGCUUCGAGGGCCCGCUGCCCCCGCCGCCGCCCGCCGCAGCCGCCCCGCCGCCGCCCGCGCCCCCGCACGCCGCCCAGGCCCCCGGCUUCGUGGUGCCCACGCACCCCGGGGCGGUGGGCACGCUGCCGCUGGGGGGCUACGUGGCCCCCGGGUACCCCCUGCAGCUGCAGCCCUGCACCGCCUACGUGCCGGUCUACCCCGUGGGCGCGCCCUACGCCGGGGGGACCGGGGGCGCGGGAGUGGCCUCCACGCUGCCCACGCCGCCGCAGGGCCCGGGGCUGGCCCUGCUGGAGCCCAGGCGCCCGCCGCACGACUACAUGCCCAUCGCCGUGCUGACCACCAUCUGCUGCUUCUGGCCCACCGGCAUCAUCGCCAUCUUCAAGGCGGUGCAGGUGCGCACGGCGCUGGCGCGCGGAGACAUGGUGUCGGCCGAGAUCGCGUCGCGCGAGGCGCGCAACUUCUCCUUCAUCUCGCUGGCGGUGGGCAUCGCGGCCAUGGUGCUCUGCACCAUCCUCACUGUGGUCAUCAUCAUCGCCGCGCAGCACCACGAGAACUACUGGGACCCGUGAGGGCGCCGGCCCGCCGCCCUGCGCCCGCCGCGGCCCCGGGCGCCCCGCACACCCAUCCCCGGGGCUGCCGGCCUGCGGUGCGCCCUGCACUGGGCCCCCCGCCGAGGCCCUCGCGGGGCGGGCGCGCUCCGAACCCCGUUCCUCAGGAACCUCGCCGGAGCCCACACUCGCAGGGACGCGGCUUCCCGGGCCCCAGCCCCACACCGGCCCAGGCGUCCCGGCUCCCGCCCCACCAAGCAGCCCCGGGAAGCUGCCGAGCGCCCAUCGCGGAGCCGGACCGAGUCCGCAAACCCUCCUCCGCCAGAGGCCCCGCCCGGCCCAAGACCCGCUCCAGGUGGCAGGCUCCGCCUUCUCUCCCUCGGGGUGCUCGGCGGUGGGUUUGGGGCGCCAGGCCUCGCCCAGACCCACGGACUCCGGUUCUCCGGUUGAGGACCCGCCAAGGCGUAGCCACGGCCACGCGCGCUCCCGCUUCUCGUCUCCCACACCGCGUGCCCACCGCGUAUCUGGCCAACCCCAGAACCUCUGUUUUGUUUUGUUUGUUUCUUGGGGUGAAGCUCGGGGGCGCCCAGUCUAGGGCCUUCGCGCUGGAGGGAGAUCCGGGCGGGUCCCUGUAAAUACUCCCUGGGCGCCCGGGAGGGAGCCGGGCUGGGCCGGCCAGUGCGGGAGCGCCGCUCGCCCCGCCGCCCCGCCUGUGCC